UAUUUCUAUACAAAUGUUGUUGAAAUUGGUGCUCUUAAUAUUAAAUUAUAUAAUAACAUUAGUGUGGUUGUUCAUAAUUUUCCAAAGGUUUAAAUUUAAAAGUUAAAUUACGUCCGUUUAAAAGAGGGCGAGGAAAAUACCCAAAUAAUUAAUAAUUAAUUAUUAAGUCAUGAAACUGGAUCAAAUAUGCCGAACCUGCUUGCGGGAAAAGGCGAAUUUGAAACCAAUCUUCGAGGCAUGUGUGCCAAACAUGCUCAUGUCUUGCGCCUCAAUCCAGGUAAUGAUCAACGAUGGCUUGCCCAAUCAAAUUUGCACGCAGUGCCUGCAAAGCGUAAACAAAGCUUACACCUUCAAACAACUGUGUGAGAAGUCCGACAUGACUUUAAGGGAAUAUUUACAAAUACGCAACAUCUCACUACCCCCUGAAGGCUUAAUAAACACCACAGAACAGUUCUUCAACACCAGCGACGACCUACAACAGACCUCCAUUUUUCAAGACAUAUUCAACGAUACAACCCACUCAAUUGUGGACAAUUUUGCCACACAAAACAACAGCACAGUGGUCUCAGAUUUGGCCGAGACCGUACAAAGCUUGCAGAUCAUUGCAGAGCAAUGCCUCCCUGAGUCCUGGGACGGGGAUCAAAUUGCCAGCUGCAGUAACUCCAUGCCAACAGCACAAAACACCUUCCAUUUUGACUUGUACAAAUGUGACUAUUGUGGAGACUCAUUUAAGGAUAACUGGAGCUUAGAUGAGCAUGUUAAAAGCCACAGCACUGAUUUAUUGGGCCACACCUUGGAUAAACCUUUUCCAGACGAUUCGUCCAAGUUGUUUGACAAGCCUUUUUUAUGUAACAUCUGCGACCGCAUCUUCAUGGACAACAAAAACCUUAAAAAACACAUGAGGGAAGUCCACUUCAUAAUAGACCAAGUCGUCAACGAUGUGGAGAAGAAGUUUUCGUGCAACAUUUGUGGCAGAAAAUACAAACAUAACAAGAACCUGUCGGUGCACUUGCGCAGUAGCCACGGCGCAGGAGCACGCCCCUACCGGUGCACGUUGUGCGACGCCACCUUCGCCCUGGCUAGUUCGUGGCACAAGCACCGGCUCGUCCACAUGGACGACAAGCGUCACCAGUGCCCGGUUUGUGGUAAAAAGUUCCGCCAGUCCUCCAAUCUGAACGGGCACAUGAAAACGCAUACCGGUGAUAAGAGGCACGUCUGCGCAGUGUGCGAGAAACGGUUCGCCACCAGCAGCAGCUUGGAUGUGCACAUGCGCAGUCACACAGGCAUCAAACCCUACAUGUGUCAGUCCUGCGAUAGGUGCUUUGCCAGUGCGACUGAGUUGAAGAAGCACAGUAUGAAGCACACUGGGGAGAGGCCGUACUCCUGUUGGCAUUGUGGGAAGUCGUUCAGCAGGAAGGAGACUAGGGAUACCCACGUACGGUACCACACUGGGCAACGGCCCUACGCCUGUACGAUCUGCCCCAAAAAGUAUAUUGCAGCAAGUCACUUACGGACACACACGAAGUCACACACGAUGGAAGAAAAGAACCAGUCAAAAAUGGAUUUGAAUAAGCACCAAGUGGGUCAUGAGGUGCAUCCUCCAAACUGCAACUGUAAUUUAUGUGCAAGCAGCCAGUUCGAGUCUUGUCAUUUAUUAAACCACUUAUAAAUCUCCUUUUAUACGUCCACGUCUUAUGGAAAUAUUCAACAGGAAAGACUUUGUACCCCAUUUUAAGAGCAAUGUGGGCCUUGAGGAGCCCGCAAAUUCAUAAGGAGUAAAACAAUAGAAAUGUAUAAAAUAUGUCAUAAAC